UGUAGUGUGUCACUGAGCUGAGCUAGUUUGUUCGGCGAUGGCCAUGGCGCGCGGCGGCGGCUCGUGGUGGAUGCUCGCUCGAGCGGCGGCCGUGGUGGUGGUUGUGGUUGUGGUUGUGGGCGUCGUGGAUGGCGCCGGGGCGCAGCUGCGGCAGAACUACUACGCGAGCUCGUGCCCCAACGCGGAGUCCACCGUGCGGUCCGUCAUCUCGCAGCACCUGCAGCAGAGCUUCGCCGUCGGCCCAGGCACCCUCCGCCUCUUCUUCCACGACUGCUUCGUCCGGGGGUGUGACGCGUCGGUGAUGCUGAUGGCGCCGAACGGUGACGACGAGAGCCACAGCGGCGCGGACGCGACGCUGUCGCCGGACGCGGUGGAGGCGAUCAACAAGGCGAAGGCGGCGGUCGAGGCGCUCCCCGGGUGCGCCGGCAAGGUGUCCUGCGCCGACAUCCUCGCCAUGGCCGCACGCGACGUCGUCUCCCUGACCGGCGGGCCGAGCUACUCCGUGGAGCUGGGACGGCUGGACGGCAAGACAUUCAACAGGGCCAUCGUGAAGCACGUCCUCCCCGGCCCAGGCUUCAAUCUGGAUCAGCUCAACUCCCUUUUCGCCAGCAACGGCUUAACGCAGACCGACAUGAUCGCUCUUUCAGGGGCGCACACGAUCGGGGUGACGCACUGCGACAAGUUCGUGCGGCGGAUCUACACGUUCAAGCAGCGGCCGUCGUUGAACCCGCCGAUGAACCUGGAGUUCCUGCGGUCGAUGCGGCGGGUGUGCCCCAUCAACUACGGCCCCACGGCCUUCGCCAUGCUCGACGUCUCCACGCCGCGCGCCUUCGACAACGCCUACUUCAACAACCUCCGCUACAACAAGGGCCUCCUCGCCUCCGACCAGGUCCUCUUCACCGACCGCCGCUCCCGCCCCACCGUCAACCUCUUCGCCGCCAACUCCUCCGCCUUCUUCGACGCCUUCGUCGCCGCCAUGGCCAAGCUCGGCCGCAUCGACGUCAAGACCGGCUCCGACGGCGAGGUCCGCCGCGUCUGCACCGCCGUCAACUGAUCAAUCAUCUGCUGCGUGCCCGCCAUUCUUGCCUAGCUAAGCUUCUUUGCAUGGGUUAAUUAGGGUGGUGAAAUAGAAGAGACGUGCUACGAUUGAUUAAUUCCAGCGCAGCAGUUGCAGGAGUUUUUUUUUCUUUUCUUAUGUUCUUGCUGUUGUUUAUAUGUUCUUGUGGUUGGGAUUUUGUAGCUGAUUCUUUGAGCUGUGCGAGCGAGAUCGAUGGAACGGAACGGGUCAUAGAAUGAUGCCUUUUCUUAUGUGUUCGUUGUGUUCU